AUGGAGAUUUCCAGACACAAACCAACCCAUUUCAACGAUUCUUCUUGGCAUCAGCAGUGUGCGUGUGUGUUAAACGUCGAUUUGGAUGAGGAUCGUCCCCUGGUUACAGUUCCCUCAUUGCCUCAAGGCGCGGGGACCACGCCGAUAGUUCCGUGGUCGGAAGCACGGGUUUUUCAUCGUCAGCCGCCGCCGCUGUCGCCGCUGCCGUUAGCCGCGCGCUUCAUCCACUUUUCCAGCUUCUCAGAGGAGACCCAAUUUAAACAAGACGACGCUCUCAACUUGGCUCGUGGCCUACUCAGCUAA